AAUGAAUAACAUAUAAGGAUAUGGAUUAGAUAAACCAUCAGUUAGAUUACAUUAAGCACCUGGAGGAAAUUCAUCAAUUUCAUUUGUACAUACCAUAUUUAAAACCUCAAGGGAGAUUAUACUCCUUAAUAGCAAGUAGCUCAACCUUUAGGAAGAAAACAAGUCAAUCAACCUCCUGUUUAAUAAUAACAAUAAGAUUAGAAAACAUCAGUUAAAGUAAGAAAUCCUCCAGGUGGCAGAUCAUAAAUUUAGUUUGGAUGAGU